UGGAGCUUGGGGCAGUGAUGAGUCUGUCCCUCUGGACCGUCCCCUGCUCCCCUGGCUGCCCAGUAGCGUUGCGCGUGGAAAAGCCACUUUCCCCGCCCGCCGAGAUGGGCUCGAGUGCGGGCUGCAGAGGACGCGUCCUCGGGUGGCGGUAGCAGCAGCAACAGCCGCAGCGCCGCGGUCUCUGCGAUUGAGCUGGUAUUUGGGCGGCUGGUGGCGGCGGGGACGGUUGGAGGGUGGGAGGAGGCGGAGGAGGAGGAGAAGGAGGAGGAGGGAGAACCCCGUGCUACGUUGGGACUUGGCAGCCCGCCUCCCCCUGCCCAAGGAUAUUUAAUUUGCCUCGGGAAUCGCUACUUCCAGAGGGGAACUCGUGAGGGAAGGCGCGCGCUCCUGAAGGGCCAAGCUGGGACUCCUCCGUCGCUGCUGCCUCCCUGCACCGGACUCGAUCAGGGGCAGCGAGGGAUGCAUCUUAGCUUCUUCUUGGCUGCGGAGACUCGGGGGAGACUUGGUCAUCAGAAGAUUGCGGCUGCACUCACCCUAGACACACUGCCUUCCCCUCUGGGCAUGAAACGCCCUUAAACUCGGGUCGCGCAAUCUUCCUUGGUGCAGCUACCUCGUCCUUCGGCUGCCCCUUCCCAGCGCCGAGAACAGUGACGAUUUCGGAAUCAGGGUUUCUGCUUCCUCCAGCCCCGGAGUGCAUGUGCGGGGCCGCAACGCGAAGCCUCCCCCAACCCAGUUUUUCGGCACCUCCCUCGGUUCCGCAGCAGUAUGGCGAGCCCUCCAGAUACCGAUGGCUUCUCGGACGUGCGCAAGGUGGGCUACCUGCGCAAACCCAAGAGUAUGCACAAGCGCUUUUUCGUGCUGCGGGCAGCCAGCGAGACCGGGGGCCCGGCACGCCUGGAGUACUAUGAGAACGAGAAGAAGUGGCGGCAUAAGUCGAGCGCCCCCAAACGCUCGAUCCCCCUCGAGAGCUGUUUCAACAUCAACAAGCGGGCUGACUCCAAGAACAAGCACCUGGUGGCUCUCUAUACCCGAGACGAACACUUUGCCAUUGCGGCGGAUAGCGAGGCUGAGCAAGACAGCUGGUACCAGGCGCUUCUGCAGCUGCAUAAUCGAGCAAAGGCCCACCAUGACGGGGCUGGAGGUGGAGGCUGCGGUGGUAGUUGCAGCGGCAGCUCUGGCGUCGGAGAAGCAGGGGAGGACUUGAGCUAUGACACAGGACCAGGACCCGCGUUCAAGGAGGUCUGGCAGGUUAUCCUGAAACCCAAGGGCCUGGGCCAGACAAAGAACCUGAUUGGCAUCUACCGUCUCUGCCUGACCAGCAAGACCAUCAGCUUUGUGAAGCUGAACUCCGAGGCAGCGGCUGUGGUGCUGCAGCUAAUGAACAUCAGACGCUGUGGCCACUCAGAGAACUUCUUCUUCAUUGAGGUGGGGCGUUCCGCGGUGACAGGGCCAGGCGAGUUCUGGAUGCAAGUGGAUGACUCGGUGGUAGCCCAGAACAUGCAUGAGACCAUUCUAGAGGCCAUGCGGGCCAUGAGCGAUGAAUUUCGCCCGCGCAGCAAAAGCCAGUCUUCAUCCAGUUGCUCCAACCCCAUCAGCGUUCCCCUUCGCAGGCACCAUCUCAACAAUCCUCCACCCAGCCAGGUGGGCCUGACUCGCCGAUCACGCACCGAGAGCAUCACUGCAACCUCCCCUGCCAGCAUGGUGGGUGGGAAACCAGGUUCCUUCCGCGUGCGCGCCUCUAGCGAUGGUGAAGGCACCAUGUCCCGUCCAGCAUCAGUGGAUGGCAGUCCUGUGAGCCCUAGCACCAACAGGACCCACGCCCAUCGGCAUCGAGGCAGCUCCAGGCUUCACCCUCCACUCAACCACAGCCGCUCCAUCCCUAUGCCUUCUUCCCGCUGCUCACCUUCAGCCACCAGCCCAGUCAGUUUGUCAUCCAGUAGCACUAGUGGCCAUGGCUCCACCUCAGACUGUCUCUUCCCGAGGCGCUCCAGUGCUUCGGUGUCUGGUUCUCCUAGUGAUGGCGGUUUCAUCUCUUCUGAUGAGUAUGGUUCUAGUCCCUGCGAUUUCCGAAGUUCUUUCCGCAGCGUCACCCCAGAUUCCCUGGGUCACACCCCACCAGCCAGAGGUGAGGAAGAGCUGAGCAACUACAUCUGCAUGGGUGGCAAGGGAGCCUCUACCUUGACUGCUCCCAAUGGUCAUUACAUUUUGUCUAGGGGUGGUAAUGGCCAUCGCUACCUCCCAGGUGCUAACUUGGGGACAAGCCCGGCAUUGACUGGGGAUGAAGCCACCAGCGCAGCAGAUCUGGAUAAUCGGUUUCGGAAGAGAACUCACUCCGCAGGCACGUCCCCUACCAUCUCCCAUCAGAAGACCCCCUCACAGUCUUCUGUGGCUUCUAUUGAGGAGUAUACGGAGAUGAUGCCCGCUGCCUACCCACCAGGAGGUGGCAGUGGAGGCCGACUGCCCAGCUACCGGCAUUCUGCCUUCGUGCCCACCCACUCCUAUCCCGAAGAGGGUCUAGAGAUGCACCCCUUGGAGCGUCGCGGGGGCCACCACCGUCCGGACACUUCCACCCUGCACACCGAUGACGGCUACAUGCCCAUGUCUCCAGGGGUGGCUCCAGUGCCCAGCAACCGUAAAGGAAAUGGGGACUAUAUGCCCAUGAGCCCCAAAAGUGUAUCCGCCCCACAGCAGAUCAUUAACCCCAUCCGCCGCCACCCUCAGAGAGUGGACCCUAAUGGCUACAUGAUGAUGUCUCCCAGUGGCAGUUGCUCCCCUGAUAUUGGUGGUGGCUCCAGCAGCAGCAGCAGUGCCGCCCCGUCUGGGAGCAGCUAUGGGAAGCCGUGGACAAAUGGAGUAGGGGGGCACCAUCCUCAUGCCCUGCCUCAUUCCAAAGCCCCCGCUGAGAGUGGUGGCGGCAAGCUCUUGCCUUGCACGGGCGACUACAUGAACAUGUCACCGGUGGGAGACUCCAACACCAGCAGCCCCUCGGAAUGCUACUACGGUCCUGACGAUCCCCAGCACAAACCAGUCCUCUCCUACUACUCGUUGCCAAGGUCUUUUAAGCACACCCAGCGCCCUGGGGAGCCAGAGGAGGGUGCCAGGCACCAGAAUCUCCGUCUCUCUUCUAGCUCAGGACGUCUUCUCUACGCUGCAACUGCGGAAGAUUCUUCCUCUUCUACCAGCAGUGACAGCUUAGGUGGAAGUUAUUGUGGGGCUAGGCCAGAGUCUGGCCUCACGCAUCCCCACCACCAUGUCUUGCAACCCCAUCUGCCUCGAAAGGUAGACACAGCUGCACAGACCAACAACCGCCUGGCCCGGCCUACGAGGCUGUCCUUGGGAGAUCCCAAGGCAAGCACCUUACCGCGGGUCCGGGAGCAGCAACCACAGCAGCCUUCGCUACACCCUCCGGAGCCCAAGAGCCCAGGGGAAUAUGUGAAUAUUGAAUUCGGGAGUGGCCAGCCUGGCUAUUUAGCUGGCCCCGCGACUUCCCAUAGCUCUCCUUCAGUUCGGUGUCCACCCCAGCUCCACCCAGCUCCCAGAGAAGAGACUGGCUCAGAAGAGUACAUGAACAUGGACUUGGGGCCAGGCCGGAGGGCAACCUGGCAGGAGAGUGGUGGCGUUGAGUUGGGCAGAGUAGGCCCUGCACCUCCAGGGGCUGCUAACAUUUGCAGGCCAACCAGGUCAGUGCCAAGUAGCCGUGGUGACUACAUGACCAUGCAGAUAGGUUGUCCUCGUCAAAGCUAUGUGGAUACCUCACCAGUGGCCCCAGUCAGCUAUGCUGACAUGCGGACAGGCCUUGCUUCGGAGAAGGUGAGCCUGCCCAGAGCCGCAGGGGCUGCACCGUCUUCGUCUUCUACAGCUUCUGCUUCUCCUGCUGCACCUCAAGGAGCAGCUGAGCAGGCUGCUCACUCUUCCCUGCUGGGAGGCCCUCAGGGACCUGGGGGCGUGAGUGCAUUCACCAGAGUGAAUCUCAGUCCCAACCAUAACCAGAGUGCCAAAGUGAUUCGUGCAGACACUCAAGGCUGCCGGAGGAGACAUAGCUCCGAGACCUUCUCAGCACCAACUCGGGCUGGCAACACAGUGUCCUUUGGAGCAGGGGCUGCAGGAGUGGGCAGUGGUGGUGGUGGCAGCAGCAGCGAGGAUGUAAAACGCCACAGCUCUGCAUCUUUUGAGAAUGUGUGGCUGAGACCUGGGGAUCUAGGGGGAGCCUCCAGGGAAACAGCUCAAGCGUGUGGAGCUGCUGGGGGUUUGGAGAACAGUCUUAACUACAUAGACCUGGAUUUGGCCAAGGACGUGAAACAGCGUCCUCAGGAGUGCCCUUCUCAGCAGCAGCCCCUACCACCCCCUCCCUCUCGCCAGCCCUCAGGCAGCAAUGAGGGCAGCUCCCCCAGAUGCUCCAGUGAGGAUUUAAGCACCUAUGCCAGCAUCAGCUUCCAGAAGCAGCCAGAGGAUCAUCAGUAGCUCAACUGGACAUCACAACAGAAUGAAGACCUAAAUGACCUCAGAAAAUCCUCCUUUAACUCAUGGGUACCCAGACUCAAACUAUUUCACAACUCACAAGCAGGACCUCACGUCUUCCUCUUCCGUAGAUGGUACGAUGCAUCCAUUACAGUUUGUUUACUCUGUACAAUCCUCAGGAGUUCAUUGACUGAACUGCACGUUCAAUAUUGUGCCAAGCAAAAAGAAAGCACUGUGACCCCGGGACAAUGAGUCUGCGUAAACUUCAUCUUGAUCCUUAAGGACUUCGCUGGCCACAGUGAGCUGGUGUGCCCACCACCAUGCCGCAAGAGAAUGGGUUUAUUCUCGUCGCAUCUACAGCGUCCGUUUCAUCUACUCUGAAACCGUGUUCCAUGAAGCGCCGCUGUAAAUUCUUUCAUACGGAACUGUUCACGUUGGGUGGAGAGAGUAUUAAAUAUUUAACAUAGGUUUUGAUUUAUAUGUGUAAUUUUUUAAUGAAAAUGUAACUUUCCUUACAGCACAUCUUUUUUUUGGAUGUGGAACUGAGGUAUUUGAUGUUCUGUUGUAAAGAGUGGAGCAAAUGCUUAAAAUGAGGCAAAGAAGAGUAGUCUAGGGUAUGAUCCUUGUUUUGAGAUUCUAAUUCAGAAAAAUAAUAUAAUAAGAAUCAUAGUGCCAUAGAAAGUUCUGUACUGUACAGUUAUACUCGCUGAUACUGUCUCUUGUAAUAUAAACUUGAUGUUGAGCUGAGUUCCUUUUAAAAAUUCAUUUUAGUUUUGAUUUUUGUUUUGGGUUUUGUUUU